AACACUGUUUAACUGAGCGCUAAACCGCCUCAACAAGCUGAAACCGGGUUCAUAUAAAACCUCAGACCCUUCUAGUCUUCUCGAUACCAAAAUCCUACUAAAACUUAACCCCCUGCGCUCGACUCCGAUCCAAACUUCAUCUUUUACCGCCCUACAUGGCUGAGACCGACGCCGCCGCCGCAACAACGACGCCACCAGUCGAAACUUCAUCCGCCGAGUCCGCCACCACUGCGUCUCCGCCGCCGGCGAAGCCCGUGGUAAAACGCUGGGCCGACGAGGAGGAUGAUCCGCCGGAGGAGCCGCAGAAAACCGAAGCUCCGUCUACUUCAGAGCAGCCGGAGCUCGAUGUCGCCGCACUGAAGAUCACCGAGAACAAGUUCCUCGACGAGCCGGAAGACUCUCACAUCAGCGCUGUCACGGCCGACGACACGCCGUACACGUCGGCUAGUAGUUUUGAGGAUCUGAAUCUAUCGGAGGCGGUGCUGAAGGGCUUGUAUGUAGAGAUGGGGUUCAAGAAGCCCAGUAAAAUCCAGGCGAUCACUUUGCCUAUGAUUCUGACUCCUCCGCACAAGGAUCUGGUUGCUCAGGCCCACAAUGGCUCCGGCAAGACGACCUGUUUCGUGCUCGGGAUGCUCAGCCGUGUUGAUCCCAAUGUGAAAGCUCCCCAGGCUCUCUGCAUUUGCCCCACUAGAGAGUUGGCUAUUCAGAAUAUGGAGGUUCUUCAAAAGAUGGGGAAAUACACCGGGAUAACUGCAGAGUGUGCUGUCCCUUCAGAUAGGGAGAGGAAUGCACCUUCGCCUAAUCACCGGGCCCCAGUGUCGGCUCAAGUUGUGAUUGGAACUCCUGGUACUAUCAAGAGAUAUAUGAAUAUGAAAAAGCUGGGUGUAAACCGCGUGAAGAUCCUUGUUUUUGAUGAGGCUGAUCACAUGCUGGCUGAGGAUGGCUUCCAAGAUGAUUCUUUAAGGAUAAAGAGGGACACAGAAAAAGCUAGCCCUAACUGCCAGGUUCUUCUGUUUUCAGCUACAUUUAAUGAAAGAGUCACAAAUUUUGUCUCAAGGGUUGUGAAACGUGGUAACAAUCAACUUUUUGUCAAGAAAGAAGAGCUAUCUUUGGAAGGUGUUAAGCAGUACAAGGUGUACUGUCCUGAUGAACUGAGCAAGAUUGAGGUUAUCAAAACCAAAAUUUUUGACCUGGGAGAAAAACUAGGACAGAGGAUUAUAUUUGUUCGGACAAAAAAUAGUGCAAGAAUGUUGUAUCAACAACUUACUGAUGAUGGUUACGCGGUUACUGCUAUUCAAGGUGCCCUCAACACUGAGGACAGAGACAAAAUUAUCAAAGAGUUUAAAGAGGGUUUAACCCAAGUUCUCAUAUCAACUGAUGUACUUGCCAGAGGCUUUGACCAACAGCAGGUUAAUUGUGUCGUCAAUUAUGAUCUUCCAGUCAAAUAUUCAGCUGGUCCCCGGUCACAACCUUCAGAACCUGAUUAUGAGGUGUACCUGCAUAGAAUUGGCAGAGCUGGGCGUUUUGGUCGCAAGGGAGCUGUGUUUAAUUUGAUUUGCGAUGAAAAUGAUGAGUUGGUCAUGUCAAAAAUUGAGCAGUAUUUUGACAUCCAAGUACCAGAGGUUAAGAAUACAGAUGAGGCUUUUGAAGGGGCUCUUAAAACAGCUGGCUUACUGUAGAGGCUGUAAUGACCGAUUCAGUUUUCAGUGCAACCAGCAACCAGUUUUGGGGCAAAUAGAAUAGCUGUGGCCCCAACACAGCAGAGAGCAUAUCUUGGAUCUUGCAAAGCUUUUGUUUUGUAAUUCUCAUUUGAUUAUUUAUGGAUGGGUUUGGCGUCUAGUUUCUGUAAAUGUUAUCCUUGCAUAACGAAACAGGGCAAAGAGUUAUAAAUUUUCUGUCAUUGCUUUCUUGUGCCAUACGGAUUAUGAUACAACCUGUUUGCCUCGUCUAUUACUGAUUCUGUUGAUUCCUAAAUUAUCAUUAUAG